AUGAAUCCCAAAUGGUCCCCCGGACCCGAACACGAAAAGUUCACAGAAUGGGCCCAAUCCCAAGGCAUCAUCGCCAAGGGCGUCGGGCCCGCACGCUUCCCGGGCCGUGGCUUGGGCAUGAUCGCCAAGCGUGAUAUUGAAAAAGGCGAAGCGCUCGUCACCGUCCCACGCGCAGCAAUGGUCACUGUCGACGGACUCCCCGAGUCAUUUACGGGUCUUUUCCCAGAGGGGACACCCGUGCAUGCUGUUCUCGCUGCGUUCUUUACUAAUGGCGACCCGGAGGACCUGCGGCAUUAUGAUCUCUGGCGCAAGACGUGGCCUUCACGCCGUGACUUUGAGUCUUGCAUGCCUCUCCUCUGGCCGGCUUGUCUCUGCGGGGACAACGACAGCCCCUCUUCACCAGGUCUUCUCCCUCCGUCCAUCUCAGGGUCAUGGCGAUCCCUCCAGAAGAAUGAACGAGGACCCAAAUCAUCUGCAUCCAACUACUCCUCCCAUCAGGAUCUCCUCCCUGCGCAAGAGACUCGUCUGCGCACGGCGUGGACUGCCGUCCUGGAGGUAUCCCCCGAGACAGACUGGGAUGAGUUCUCGUAUCACUGGCUCGUGGUCAAUACGAGGAGCUUUUUCUAUCUGAUGCCUGGGCGGGAUAUGCCGGAGGAUCAUAAUGAUGCGAUGGCGCUUUUGCCGUUUGCGGAUUAUUUUAAUCAUUCGGAUGUUGCUUGUAAUGUUAAGUUCGACGGGGAGAAGUACGUCUUUUGGGCGACGAAACCGUACAACGCAGGCGAAGAAAUCUACAUGAGCUACGGAAACCAUCCGAACGAUUUCCUCUUCGCAGAAUACGGGUUCUACCUCGACGAAAACGCCUCCGAAGCGCUCUACCUCGACGACAUCAUCUUCAAAGAUCUAGACCCCUCUCACCGGGAGGAACUCGAGUUCCAGCAGUAUUACGGCAACUACCAACUAACAGCGAGCGGCGUAUGCUUCCGCACCGAGAUCGCAGCGUGCAUAAAAUACAUGGCGCCGGAGGACUGGCGGAACUAUGUGCUCGGGUACUCGUCCCAGGGUAUGAACGAGGCGAAAUCCGAAGCGAUCAUCAGGGAAUGGGUUCGUACGUAUGUCCACGAGGCGGAGGUGACGAUCGCCGCGUUGCAGAAUGUGGGGGGCGCGGAGACAGAAACGGACGCGGAACGCGCGGGGAGAGAAGAGAAGGUUGAGAUGCUGCGUAGGCGGUGGGUGCAGAUUGGGGAGCUUUGUAGAAGGGGGUUGGAUGCUGUAUCUUGCUAG